AUGCACAUUGGAUGCGAGUAUCGGUAUCCCGAAGCACUUGACGGCCUCUCUCCCGUUGAGGAAAGGCUGAUUGCCCUGCAGGCCUCAUUCGGCUACAUCACAGAGUUCACCGUCGACAACAAGACCCCGUCAGGCCUCAGCUACCGGAAGCACGUCAAGGGCCAUUUCGUGGUCUUUCCGAACAAGGUCGAGGACCUCGUUGCCACAGUCCUCCCUCGCCCUCUUUUGGAAACCAUCGAGAACAUCCACGUUUCUUGGAGUGGCUCCAGCAAACCUGGCGCUGCCGACGUUGGCCUUCUUCUCCAAGUGCGCAAGUCCCGCGUGACGGCCGCCCUGUCAUGGCUCCAGAAGAACAAUCCGCUCUACGAGCACAUCGCGAUCGAUCAUGGCGAGAUAGAUGACUGGCAGUACGCAGACGGCUCCAAUGUCCCUAUGCUCAUCAUGGACAGCAUGCAGCGGGACGAGCCGUCCGUUGCUGAGAAGACGCAGACAGACCACAUAGUCCCAGAUACCGAUCGAGGUUUGGAAGAUAACCGGUUCACGAGCAUUGAAGAGAUUGUUGCAUCGGCGCAAGCUCAGUCCGGUCACGACUCCAACCUUCCCGGCGGCACUCUGCCGAACGAACAGGACCUCCCCUUGUCGGAAACGACAUCGUCCGGAAUGUUUCCUCUUGACGGGCCAGCGGCUUUCGAAGAGGCCGAUAAGCUUUCAUUUCUAGCCGACGCUAUCCAGACGAGCCGGACUCGAGGUGCCGACGAGGCUGAGCCGUGCGCGAUGCAUGUCCAGGGCACGGGAGCGCAGCUGUACAUCCUGGUGGAACGAGGCGCAGAGUUUACGUACAGCCUGCACGAGGACUUCUUCCUGCGCACCUUCCCGAAGCUUUUCCCCUGGGGCAGAGGUGGCCCAAAGGCGCUGCACGCGUCGGACCUCCAGCAACAGCAGGCUCCGGCGGCCGCCGUGCUCUAUGUGAACCACUCGCUCAGUUACUUGGCCAGAUACGUGUUGCAGCGACAUGGCAUGGUGCGCACGACAAAGGGUUCUUUCGAGAGGGUUGAACGAGUUUCCGAAACCCUGACAGGGGACCGACUGAAGAAUGCCGAGGACGAGAUGCGAGAAACAAGGAAGACGACGGACCCCGACGUGGCGUUCCUGCUCCGUGAGUUGUCCAUCUUCGGCCAUGCCCAGCCGCUCUCCAACGAAACGCGACUGCUCAUGCGCAGGAAGAUACAAGCAAUUAACAUCUGGACUGGCACGCCCGCAAUUUGGUUUCCCAUCAACCCCAACGACAUCAACAGCCCGGUCAAGAUGCGGCUCUCCAUCCACAGGCUCCACGAUUAUCACGCGGCGAAGGACGUAUUGGCGGAUCUCCGGGGGAUAUACGACAGGAUUGCCCUCAGUAUCAUGGAUCCGGUCAGCUCUGCCAUCUUCUUCCAUAGAGAAAUAUCUUUGUUCUUCGAAAAAUACGUCCGAACAGGCCAAGAGUCGAUCUUCGGGAAGGCGAGUCACUAUUAUGCAACGGUGGAGACGAACGAUCGCGGUAGUCUGCACCUGCACGGACUCCUGUGGUUGCACGGCAACAUGGAGCUGCCGUCGCUCAUCGACGACAUCGCCGACCCUCGAGAAGAAGAGUAUCGUGCCCGAGUGGUGCGCUACGUGGACUCGGUCUUCCACGAGUGCCUGGAUGAGGACGCCGGGAAGGCACUCCGCCAGGAGCGGAAGCCGAUCCACCCCGUCGAGGAGAUGAUCAACGACACCGAGGCCCUGUCUGCGGCCUUUGACGCCGAGGCCAACUUCAUCGCGCACUGCUGCCAGGUCCAUUCCCACACCUACACCUGCAUCAAGUAUUCUCUAAAGGGCCUCACUAACCACGACGCGGACAAGUACAGGCGAACGACUUGCCGGUUUAAGGCACCCUGGAAGAUUGUGGACGCGACGAGGCUGAACGACGACAACCUACUCACCAUCCGUCGCAACCAUCCGCUCGUCAACCGGUAUAACAAAGCGAUGGCGGUUGGCCUCCGCCACAACCACGACGUAUCGAUGAUCUUGACGAGGACCAAGGGCCUGGCCAUGGUAUUUUACAUCACCAACUAUGCUACGAAGUUGGACACGCCAUGUGGAGACGAAUCGCCCACGCGGCCGGAGUCUUCCGACAGCUUCGCGAAGAUGCCGUGUCGAGGCGUGACGCAUCAGCACCAGCCGAUCAAGGCGCCCAGCGACCUGCCGUGCUGA